ACAGUUGUACUGUGCCCUUUAGGGUCAUUAUGAGUUGGAAUCAACUCAGCAACAGUGGGUUUGGUUUUGAGUUUUUUUUCACAUCUCUGGAAUUCAUUUCCUCUUCAAGUUUGCCAAAACAUGGUAAAGUAAGGUGCACAGUUUUCGUUCUUUCUAAAACUAUUUCUAACCAUGAAAAUCAAGCUUAAUUUUGUAGUGCCUGUUAGUCAUGUGAACCCUGUACAACAUCUCCAUUUAUACUGCUUCACACAUCACUCACAGGACAAGUUCCCACAAAGACCUCCUUUGUUCUACUGUAGAUCCAUCCUAAAGAAACCAGUUUCCAAACUAUGCACAGUUUUGUAAAUCAAGAUGAACUUGUUAGAAAUUGGAUACAGAAACAAGCAAGAAACCAAAUCCACGCUUCCUUGUUAAUAAGCAGAGAAUGUUACAUGUAAUAAAAUUGCAGAAAAUAAAUGCAAAAUUUCAUGAUGGAGUAUGUCAACACUGUAAAGAAGUUCUCGAAUGGCGUGUAAAAUAUAGCAAAUACAAACCACUAUCAAAGCCUAAAAAAUGUGUUAAAUGUUUACAAAAGACAGUGAAGGAUUCUUAUCACAUAAUGUGUAGACCUUGUGCUUGUGAACUUGAAGUUUGUGCUAAAUGUGGAAAGAAAGAAGACAUUGUUAUUCCGUUUAUUAAAGAACCAGAAAAGACAGACAAUAUUGAAAAUAAUCGAGGUUCAAACUGUAGAAGCAGCAGCUGCAUAAGGAAUGAAGACGAAAGUGAUGGUGGUUUAGAUUUUGAUAUUGAUUUAGAUGGCACCGAAGAAGACAAUCAAGUGAACUAAUAUAAGUACAUUAAGUGUCAGUCUGAGAACAUGAAGUUCUGAGCAACUGUUGACUUUGAAGGCUUUGCAAAAACUACUGUGAAACUGGAAAACCUAUAGAAAAUAGGCAGCAUUUAUACACGGACAGCAUAAACUGUGUGUGAUAAAAUUUGAGUAAUUAUAAAGCUUUCAUCCAAUUUUCUUAUAAUACAUUUUUAAUUAGCAUAUGCUAGAAUAUUUGCCAAAGUGAGUAUUGAGAUAUUAAAUUACAGUGUGUGGAAAUUAUUUAGAAGACUGUUACCUAAUGUCAAACUAAAAAUGAUUCAGAAUUGAUGGUUACGUAAGGACUACCUCAUGUAAAUAUAAGACUUCUUAUGUUGCUAGCCUCAAAAAUUGGCCCUCAGUAAUUACCUUUUAUCGAUUGAUCUCAAGUAAAUAGUCCACAUAGCAAAAGCCCCUUACUUAACAUUUGCUCUCUAUAAAGCAAAAACACUUUGUUACUUUUUUAUAAUAAUAGUUAAUGAGUUUAUAACAGUUUUUUUUUUAAAGUAUUUUUGCAUACCUUAACACAUUUUACCUUUUUUUCUCUUGUGAAAUAUACAUACAGGAAAAAAUGCAAAACUAUGUAAGUACAGUUUAACAAUUAUAAGGGAAAGUUCAUACAUCUGUCACCCAGAAGAAAUUGUCAGCACCAGAAACCCCUUAUGUGGCCUUCCCUCAUCACAAGUCCAUCCUUCUUUCCAGAGUUGACACUAUCCUGAAUUUUGAUAAUUAUUUUCCUUUAUAGUUUUACUACUCAUGUGUGUAUUCCUGACAAUGUAGAUUAUCUUCAUCUGCCUUUUUUAACUUUUUCCCUAUGUUUUAUUUGGAAAAAUCUCAAACGUACAGAAAAGUAGCAAAAAUAGUACCAUGCACAUUUGUAUACCCUUGGCCUAGAUUCCCAAAUGUUAACAUUUUGCCACAUUUUCUUUAUGUUGUUAUUGUUGUUAGCUGCCCUUAAGUUGGCCCCCAACUCAUGGUGACCUCGUAUGUUACAGAGUAACACUGCUCCAUAGGGUUUUCAAUGGCUUUAAUCUUAUGGACUUUCUUUCGUGGUGCUGCAGGGUGGAUUCAAACCACCAACCUUUCAUUUAGUAGCUGAGCGCAAACUGCACCACUUAGGGACCUUUAUCUCUCUAUGGAUAAAUAAAAAACCAAACCCA